AUGGAUUCGAGCAAGAGUGUUCUUGUUCCAAUGGCUCGGUCUGGCAACGGUUCCAAAGGUCCGAAGAUUCAUCUGCUUACCAACCACUUUGGAGUCAACUUCAGCAAAGUAGAAAGUCAAGAUUUCUUCCAAUACAGCGUAAAGCUUCUCUUGUUUUCUCUAAUGUCUUAUUCCCAUCACUGCUUUGAAGUUCUUGCUACAGUGGGAUCGAUUUGUCUCUUUGAUCUUUGGAUCCAGGUUGCUAUCACAUACCAAGACGGGAAACCAGUUGAAGCCAAGAGAAUUGGCAGAAAGAUUCUUGAAAAAGUUCAGAAGAACUGUCAAAGUGAUAACUUGGGUUCCAAGUACUUUGCGUAUGAUGGCGACAAGACUCUGUACACUGUCGGUCCUCUUCCCGGCAAAGUACUAAGCUUCUCUGUUGCUCUUGAAGAAAUGUUUUCUAAGCCCAAUGACGAGGGGGUGAAAAGAUUAAGGCGUCCUAACCAUUCCAAGACAUUCAACGUUGCAAUCACCUUUGCUACAAAAAUCUCAGUCCAAGCUAUUGAAGCUGCUCUUCAAGGAAAGGAAACAAAUCAUCUCCAAGAUGCUAUAAGAGUUCUGGAUGUUAUCUUGCGCCAGAACGCAGCUAGCCAAGGUUGCCUCCUUGUUCGUCAAUCCUUCUUCCACAAUGACGCAAAGUACUUUACGGAAGACUAUGGAGGUUUUCAUCUAUGCAGAGGAUUCCAUUCAAGCUUCGGAACUACUCAGGGAGGCUUAUCUCUCAAUAUUGAUGUCUCGAGUACGUUGAUAGUAAAACCUGGUCCUGUUGUUGAUUUCCUUAUUGCACAACAAGACGUCAAAGAUCAACUCUCUAUUAAUUGGAAAAAGCAAAAGAAAGGAAACGAGGAAGUAGAGGUUGAGAUUACAGUGUUUGAUUACUACAAGAAAAAGCAUGAUAUCACAUUGCAUGAUUCAGGUGACUUACGUUGCAUCAAUGUUGGUAAGCCGAAUCGUCCUACUUACAUUCCCAUGGAGCACUGUCAUCUUGUUUCUCUACAACGCUAUACAAAAGCUCUUAACAGUUUUCAGAAGACUAAGCUAGUCAGAGAAUCAAUACAGAAGCCACAAGAAAAGAUGAAUGUGUUAACCAUAGCUCUGAAGAAAUGUAAUUAUAAUGAUAACCCAAUGUUGCAAGAAUGUGGUGUUACAAUUGCCUCUGACUUCACUCAAGUGGAAGGCCGCCUGCUACCAACACCAAAACUGAAAGGGGGCAAUGGAGAGGACCUUCUGCCUAGAAAUGGGCGUUGGAAUUUCAAUAGAAAGAAACUUGCUGAGCCAGCAACAGUUCAUAAAUGGGCUGUUGUGAACUUCUCUGCUCGGUGUAACCCGUAUAAGAUUAACAUAGAUUAUCCAUUUCAUGACCUCAUUGAAGAGGAUCUUCAGUUCAAGGAUGCACCUGAUUCUGUAAGAGUGGAGAAGAUGUUUGAACAGAUGACACCAAUACUAUCAAAGGAUCCAAACUUCAUUCUUUGCAUACUCUCAGAAAGGAAAAACUCUGACGUUUAUGGUCCUUGGAAAAAGAAAACUCUUGUUGAAGUUGGAAUCGUGAAUCAGUGUAUUGCUCCUCAGCGCAACGUAAAUGAUCAGUAUCUCACAAAUGUUCUCCUCAAGAUAAAUGCCAAGCUUGGUGGUUUGAAUUCAGUGCUAGCUAUUGAGAGGUCACGAGGAAUACCUUCGGUAAUGAGAGUUCCUACCAUCAUCAUUGGGAUGGAUGUAUCUCAUGGUUCUCCAAACUCUGAUGAACCGUCAGUUUCCGCGGUUGUGAGCUCAAGAGAAUGGCCUUUAAUCUCAAAAUACAGGGCUUUUGUGCGUACACAGUCACCUAAAGUCGAAAUGAUCGAUAAUCUCUUUAACCGCGUCUCAGAUAAAGAUGACGAUGGUAUUAUGAGGGAGCUCUUGUUUGAUUUUCAAACCUGUUCUGGUAGGAAACCCGAUCACAUUAUCAUUUUCAGGGAUGGUGUGAGUGAAUCUCAGUUUAACCAAGUUCUUAACAUUGAGCUGGAUCAGAUGAUGCAAGCUUGCAAGUUUCUUGAUGAGAAGUGGGAUCCAAAGUUUACAGUGAUCAUUGCUCAGAAAAAUCACCACACCAGGUUCUUCCAGACCAAUAGUCCUGAUAAUGUUCCCGCAGGAACAAUAAUUGACAGCAAGAUCUGCGACCCACGCAACAACGAUUUCUAUCUUUGUGCUCAUGCUGGAAUGCUUGGAACUACAAGGCCAACGCAUUACCAUGUGCUCUUCGACCAGAUUGGAUUUUCGACAGACGACCUCCAAGAACUUGUUCAUUCCUUAUCAUAUGUCUACCAGCGGAGCACAACUGCCAUCUCUGUAGUUGCCCCGAUAAGUUAUGCUCAUUUGGCGGCUGCACAGAUGGCAACUGUGAUGAAGUUUGAGGACAACUCCGAGACUUCAUCGAGCCAUGGCGGGAUCACGACAUCUGGAGCAGUCCCUGUGCCUCCCAUGCCGAAGCUGAAGAAGAAAGUUGCUACUUCAAUGUUCUUCUGCUGA